AUGGUCUUUGACAACAAUCAUACAAGUUUUCAUCCAGAAAGAGGUACAUAUGAUUCAAAUGAAUCAUUUGCAUUAUCCUUAUUUCUAUCUGAAUUGAAUCAUGAAGAAGCAGCAAAUAGAAUUGAAGUUAUAAAAAAAUGGAAAACAAUUUCUAUUUUAUUAGGCCCAGAAAAAACAAGAGAACAGCUUUUACCUCAUUUAUUGGAGGUUGCUCAAGAUGACGAAGAUGAGGUAUUGUCAUUUUUGUCAGAGGAAGUAAACAAUAUGUUACCUUACAUUGGUGGUAUUGAACAUGUAACAUGCUUGCUAAAUAUAUUGGAAAUUCUAGCUACAAAAGAGGAAACUAUUGUUAGGGAAAAGGUAAUUCCAACACUAAAAUAUUUUACCGAACAUGCAUCAGAGACGCAGCUUAUUUAUGAUAUCGUUCCAUUGAUUGAAAGGUUAACUAAAGCUGUCUGGUUCUUUGCAAGAGUUUCAGCUACAAAUUUGUAUGAGGUAGCUUUGUCAAAAUUAGAUAACAUUAUAAUUAUCAAUAAUUUACUAUCUCUUUUCUUACAACUAAUCGAAGAUGAAACUCCAAUGGUACGCCGUUCUGCGGCAAAUGCCUUUCCCAAAAUUCUCAAUACAAUCAUUAUUAAACAAAAUGAGCUUGAUAACGACAUUUGGAUAUACAUCUCAACUGUUUUGAAAAAAAUUAGUUCUGAUAGACAAGAUACCGUAAGAGCAUUGUCAGUUUAUAGUGUCAUAACUUUACUUCAAUCUGAUGAAAUUAAUAACAAGGAAAAAUAUAAUGGUUUUCUAUUUAAAGUAGUGAAUAAAAUGAUCCAAGAUGAAGCAUGGAGAGUACGUUGCUCAAUUGCAGAAAAUUGUGAUAUUUUAUUGUCACUUCUAAAUGAUGAAAAUGAUACAAACCAUUCGUUUCUUAAGCUAUUACUGUCAUUAUGCGAUGACAACGAAAUCGAAGUCAGAAAAGUGAUGGGAAAAAGGUUGUAUUUGCUAGCUGAUUCUUUGAAAAAUAAAACGUUGAUUUUAGCUUAUUUCAUAUCUUACAUUCAAAAUCUAAGCAUGGAUGAGAAUGAGACGGUUAGAGCUUCAUUGGCAAUGACUGUCGGAAAUAUCUCCUCAAAUCUAGGUAAAGAAGAAACAAUAGUCAACCUAGUACCUAUAUAUUUAAGCAUGUUGAAGGAUGAAUUUCCUGAAGUUAGGCUAAAUAUAAUUGGAAAUUUGAAGAUUGUUAAUGAUAUUAUUGGUGCUAAAAUUUUAUCCGACGUUUUGCUACCAGUUCUUUUUGAACUUGGAAAAGAUAUGAAUUGGAGAAUUAGAAUUGCUAUUGUAGAAUAUAUCCCAAUAUUGGCUGGACAAUUAGGUGUUGAGAUAUUUCAUUUACAAUUGACAGAAUUAUGUUAUUCUUGGUUAUGGGAUACUGUUCAUGUCAUCCGAGAAGCUGCAAUCAAGAAUUUAACUUUGUUAACAGAGAUAUUUGGAAAAGAUUGGUCAAGAGAAAAUAUUAUCAGGAGAUUAGUUAGCUCGGAUAAAGAGAUCUUAGAAAAUUUUGCCUAUCGUUCAACUAUUUUGUCUGCACUAACUGCAUUAACAGGAGUGGUAGAUUGUGAUAUUAUAGAACAGGAUAUUAUUCCCUUCGUUUCUGGCUUAGAAAACGACCCAGUACCUAAUAUUCGUUUUACUGUCUCCAAAAGUUAUGGGGUGAUAGCCAAGAGAUUAUAUCAGCUAGAUGGUCAAGUAGACAUAGUGGACAUGUUAAUUUUACCAUCCUUAAUAAAUCAUUUAUCUGAUAAGGAUCAAGAUGUUCAAUAUUUUUCGAAGCAGGCUUUAGAUCAAUGUCAAAAAUUACGCAAGGAAUACGACUCAAGAUAUCGACAUGGCAACAACUGA